AAGCCUUGUAACAGGAAUUUACUUUAUUGCACAGCCCUGUUUUUAACCACUGUUAUGUGAUCUGACGUAUGUUUUGUUGCCACUGCAGGCUCAUCACAUAACUUAGCUUAUAAUCAACUUACAAUUGUUUACCGUAUAAAACUGGAUGAUGUACUGAAAGGACAUUCAGACCUGGGGAUUUAUACCGGUGCUGUUCUUAAAAUCUUCACAGUUUCUUCUAAAGUCUUUUCUACAGAUAAACCUUCAGUGCCCCAACACUGGGUUUCCUGGCCCUGAGGGUCUGCAGUAUUGUGUAUUCAGCUCCACCUCUGAGUCUAAUGGUCACAAAGAGUUCAUACCCAAGCCAGUAUUGAUCAGUGUGUGUGUGUGUUUACGUAGAAAGCGGUGCAGUGUCGUCUCCCCAUUCACAGUCAGUCGUGACAUACAACCAUGUUUUCUGUGGUGAUACAGAGGAGUGCACUCAAUUUGCGCUGCUUUCUACUCCAAGUUACUUUGGGCUUGGUGCUUAUAAGCUCCACCAGUAGUUCUGUCCGUAUCCCGUCCUACAGCAAGAUACUUUUGAGAAACCUAAAACCCUUUGGAUCCAAGGUCUGUUACUGUCCAUUUGUUUUGAUUUCCAUCUGCAUGUCACAGUAAAGUUGCCGUCACAACAGUGAGCAAUGAGGAGCCCAGUGCUCGUGAAGCUCGGUCCGUGGGUGAUCAGGCGGUAGUUGAUCCAGUGGACUGUGUUUUAUCAGAGUGGAGCGCAUGGUCACGCUGUGAUACUUGUCAGAAAAAAAGAGUAAGUAUGAGGAUACUAGACAUUAUAGCUACAAUACAAGGCCUGUGUUUGUUGGCCCAUCAGAAUGCCCCAGUGUUUGUCUGAUCAUCUGUUUUUAACAAGGAAUGAAAUUGCCCAAAGCUGAUGGCUUGAGCUGUUGUUUAACAUGUUUGAAUUACAAGUGCAUUCCGAGACACUUAGAACAACAAACCUCCCAUUUAUGGGACAACAGGAAAAUUAAUUUUUUACCCAUAAUGUGGAAAAACCAGUAGACUGUCACAUGACUCCAAAAUUCAACAGUGACCACACAUUCAUGAUAUUAUCUAAGGGCAAUAUAACAUUGAAAACCGGUAACUGGUUUCAUUGUUGUGGCUAAUCGGUGUACUCCAUCUAUUCAGUGGCAGGGGAAAUACAUUAUAGGCUUCCAACUUUAAAGAAAAGGUUUUGGGAAAUACUGAACAUUUAUCGCUUUCUUACGAAAGAAUGAUUUUAUGGACUGCAGUGAACUAAAUUUAUGGCCAAUAUCCAACUACACUACGGGCCAGAUAAACAGAUCUAACCAAUUUUGAUGCACCAGUUAUCAUGAAAAGAGAUUAAAUCUGGAUACAGUCAGAUUAGAUCUGUAUAACUAAAUCAUCCCUACAGUGCCAGGACUGCAAAAUAAUUAAAAUUCUGCAUUCAACAUUUUGACCCUUGGGAGAUGUUUUUCUGUGCGGUAGAGACCUUUGCUGCUGGCAAAGGUCUCAGCUGAUCUACUUCAGUGCUCUAUCUCAUCCACUUUACAAGGAGGGGUAUUAAUAACCUUGACAUGACAAAGUGAAAACAGCCCACUAAUGUGAUUUUGGGUGUUACAGUUGCCCGGAGCAGUUUCCGAGCUCUUCCACCACCUUUACUGGGUAUGGGCGAGCCUUCCUCUGUGUUUCUCCGACCGUCUAUGUGUUUGUUUUUCUCAACCAUCCAGUAUCGCUACGCUAAGCUUGACCAGCUGUCUCAGUUUGGGGGGGAGCCAUGCAAUUUUCAUGACAGGGAGGAGGAGGCCUGCAAUGUUCCAGCCCGCUACACCUGUGACAAUAUUCCUUUGUGUGAGGGAUUUCUCUGCACCCAAACAGGUCGCUGUGUUCACAGAACUCUGCAGUGUAACGGGGAGGAUGACUGUGGGGACAUGUCAGACGAGGCCGGCUGUAAGAAGGUUCCCAAGCCCUGCACGCAGGAGGCUGAGGAGUACUGGGGAAUCGAGAACCUUGCCAAAGGAAUCAACAUCUUGAACAGUAAACUGGAGGGAGUGGUGCUUGAUAACCGAUACUAUGCUGGCAGCUGCUUGCCUCACUACAUCCAGGAUGUCAGAUUCAGGAAGCCUUACAACUUGCAACAGUACACACUAGAGACAAAAGGCUCAUAUGAUUUCAACGUGCAGUCUUUUGAUUCAUACUCUGACUACAUGGACACUACCAUGAAGGAGCGUAUGACCAAAACCACUGUUUCCUUUGGCUUUGCCAUUCCUGGCGUAUUUGAAUUUGGCUUCAACUACAAUGAUGCCAAAUACACCAAAUCAAUUCAGAAGAUUCGCCGUGCCUCUGGUAAGAUUUACAGCUUUGUGAGGGCCAAAGCAGAACUGGAGUUGGCCCAGUACAUGCUGAAGUCAGACAAUUUGAUGCUUCACCCCGAGUUCCUGCAGCGCCUGCGCUCUUUGCCACAGUCCUAUGUUUAUGGGGAAUACAGACAGAUAUACAGAGAUUAUGGCACCCACUACAUCACUGAGGCUGCCCUCGGAGGAGACUAUGAGCACACCAUCAUUAUGAAUAAGGAGAAGCUCAAGAAGACAGAUUAUUCUUUGGAAGACUACAACUUCUGCGUGCAGUCAGGCCUUAACAUCGGGGCCAACAUAUAUGAUGUUUAUGUGUCGGUGGGGUUUCAGGGUGGAUACUGCAAUGGCCUGUUGAAUGAGAUGGGAGAGGACACGGCGCGUGGCAGCAUGGUGGAAGACUUUGUCGCUGUUGUAAGGGGUGGCAGUAGUGAAUCAGUCACUGCUUUGGUGUCUAAAAAGCUUCCCACCCCCCAGCUGAUGGGGCUUUGGGGUGAUAGCGUGCGUUUCAACCCCGACUUCAUUCGCACAACAACUCGGCCGCUGUAUGAGCUGGUGACCUCGAGAGACUUCUCCCAUGAUGCCACCCUGAAGAGAAACCUAAAGAGAGCCCUGUCAGAGUACCUGGCAGAGGCUAGUUCAUGCCGUUGUGCUCCCUGCCACAACAAUGGAGUGGCCGUUUUGAGAGGCACAAGGUGUGACUGUGUGUGUCCUGUUGGCUACACUGGACGGGGCUGUGAGAUCACUCACAGGCCAAACGAAAUAGCCAUUGACGGCAGCUGGAGCUGCUGGGGUGCAUGGUCAUCCUGCAGUGGAAGAACAAUGUCAAGGAGUCGAGAGUGUAACAACCCAGCGCCCAGCAAUGGAGGCAUGGCGUGCGCAGGACUGCAGCAAGAGUCUACUGAAUGCUUUUAAAAACCUGCUCAACAGCUCUGAUGUCAACACUGACACAAAGAUUUAUAAAAAACCUCUUUUAAAACAGUGGACUAGUCUGUGCUGGGUUUUUGUCUUUGGACUGCCUGGUGUGACAUAAAGAUUCAUUCAAAUAAAAUAAAACAAAAAAUGAAUAAUGAAUGUUAAACCAUGUGUGUCAUUUUUGAUAAUUAACUAGAUCUGCCUUAGGCACUGACCUGAAUUCAGCUUCUGUUAUCCAAAUUUAACCUUCAUGUUGGAGGCAAUUUGCAAAAUGUCACACAUAGUCUAAAUGACAAUUUCCCUCUUGUGCUUGUGAAAAUGCUUAUACCAGAAAUAAAUGAAUAAAUAAAUGAAUUCUGACACACAUACAAAGUCGGCACAACACACAUUUAUUUUGACUUUGAUGUAGAGCAUGUCACACAGUGUGACCUG